AUCCAGGUGGUGCUCAGGAGAGGUUUUUUCCCAGUAAAGAUACCUGGCGGCUGGAGAGGGGAAGUGAAGACUCCAUGACGCUUAGGAUCCAAGAUGAACUAGAAGCCAGUGCUCCAGUCCCCUGUGACCUACUGUGCUAUCAGCUGGAGAAGGUUCCAAAGGCCCCCACCAGCACUAACAGCCCCCAAUGCCCAUUCUUUUUCCCUCAGAUGCUCACAUAUAUUCUGAGCUUCCUGCCUCUGUCAGAUCAGAAAGAGGCCUCCCUCGUGAGUCGGGCUUGGUGCUGUGCAGCCCAGAAUGCCCUUCGGGAGCAACCAGGCCUUACCUCCCUGGACCUCCGCGGCUGCUCAGAACUGGCUGACGGGGCACUCUUGGCUGUGAGCCGGGGCCUGCGGCGCCUGUGGCACCUGAGCCUGAGGAAGCUGCAGCAGCUGACGGAUGCGAGAUGCUCAGCCCUAGGGGGCCUGCGGGAGCUGCAGAGCCUCGACAUGGCCGAGUGCUGCCUGGUGAGAGGGCGGGAAUUGGCCCAGGCCCUGGGCUUGGUGUGCGGAGCUCCACACCCACUGGCCUCCCUCAGCCUGGCCUACUGCUCCUCACUCAAGGAUGCCUCAGUGCUCUCCCUGAUGUCAGCGCUAAGCCCAAGCCUCAGGGUGCUAGACUCAUCCUCCUGCGUGGCCCCUCACCAACCAGACCGUGCAGGCCAUCUGCACCUACCUCACCCACCUGUCAGUCCCGCGCCUGGCUUGGUUGAGGAGACUCUGCAGGGGCCGCAGGUGCGGGACCCUCGAGGUCAUGGUGGGCGGGGAGGCCCCUGGGCUCAGCUGCCCUCCUGCCCCUCCUGCGCCUGUCUCUGGGAACAGCUGAGGGCGAAACUCGGGAGGAAUCUGGGAAGCAGGGGCUUCCUCUCACAGCCUCCCCGAGAGCUGGGCAUCGGGCCUCCAGCCCCAAAAGGACCCUUCUCCCUGGCCACAGGUCCCGCCCCACUCAUGCUGCAGACCCUACGGGACUUGGACCUCACAGCCUGCAGCAAGCUGACUGAUGCCAGUUUGACCAAGGUGCUCCAGGUCCCCCAGCUGAGGUGACUGUCACUGAGCCUGUUGCCAGCACUCACAGACAAGGGCUUGCUGGCUGCGGCCAGAGGCUGCCCCAGCGUGGAGCGCUUGGCGCUGAGUCACUGCAGCCGCCUCAGCGACGAAGGCUGGGCCCAGGCAGCCGGCUCCCGGCCGAGGCUGCAGCACCUCAACCUGUCCAGGUGCAGUCAGCUCGCGGAGCAGUGAUGGCCUCCCUGCGGAACGCUGGGUUCCACUGGGCAGGUGUGCAAGCAGCACCGGAUGGUAGGUGUGGCCAUGUGUCCUGGCAUCAGCAUGGCUUCCAUCAGGCGCUUCCAAGCCCAACUGCCUGAGGUGACCUGCGUCCAGUCCCGCUUCAUGGGAGGGGCUGAACUGACCCUAACACUCUGAGGCCAGGUCAGUAACCAGCCCUGUGGCUCAGCCUCUGUCACCUCCAGAGGCUCCAGCCCUGGCCUCUUGACCUGCAGUUUGACUCAGUGCCUCCCACCUCCCUCUGCUACAUGCCCCAGAGCCCCUUCCCCAAGCUAAAAACCCCUGUUCUAGGACUAAGGGUGGGACUAUAUCAGGGCAGCCCAAGGGGCUUCCUGCCCCAGUCUGCCCCACAGCCCAGCAGGAACCUUUUCCAGCUACAUGUCGCUGCCACAGGCCCCUGGAAAUGCCAGCUCCUGCUCUCCUGUCCAGGCCUGGGUCCAGAGGCCAGGCCCACAGGUGGGCUGGGUCUGGUGCUGGGAGGAACAGACCCUGUGCCUCUGGCCCUGCCUCUUCUCACACUAAGGCCUGUACUGUUCCCCACAGCCCUCCCAGCCCCCUACCAGCACUGAGCUUUA